CUCUCUCUCUCUUGGAUACCUCGCUGUAUUUCAGCUGCAACUCUCUCUCUCUCUUGGAUACCUCGCUGUAUUUCAGCUGCAACUCUCUCUCUCUCUCUAGAGAAAGGCAAGAUUUUGUAUGGAAAUGGAAGCCCCAUUUCUGUAUGGUCUUCCCUCUCCUGAUUUCUUUCACAUAGAUGACCUCCUGGACUUCUCAAAUGAUCAAUUUUCAGGUGAACAAACAGUGGGUAACUUUGAAAUGGUUACUUCUUCUUCUCCUUCAAUGGCAAUGGCUGAGAGUGCAAGAAAUAACAGUAAUGGGUCAUGGGAGGAUGGGGAGAGUUGCCCUACUCUCACACCUGAGAUUUGUGUACCAAGUGAGGACCUAGCAGAGCUGGAAUGGCUGUCAACUUUCGUAGAGGAAUCCUUCUCCCUGCCAUCCUUGCCGGAAUCCAGUGACCCCCUUGCAGGAAAACCCAAUUCAAGGCCAGAGCCCUCCCUUCCAAGUAGGGCUCGAAGCAAACGUUCGAGGAUCGCAUCCACUUGGGCCUCCCGGAUCAUGACAGUCUCUUCUCCCUCUCCAGAUUCAGAAUUCCCUGUGUCUUUAAAAUCCGUGACUGGAACCAAGCCUAGCAAGAGGACAUCAUUUUCCGGCGAGUUUUCCGGGAGGAAGUGCACGCAUUGCUUGACUGAGAAGACUCCUCAGUGGAGGUGUGGACCCAUGGGGCCCAAGACCCUGUGUAAUGCUUGCGGGGUCCGCUAUAAGUCUGGGAGACUGGUACCGGAGUACCGACCCGCCGCAAGCCCGACUUUUGUACUCACUCAGCAUUCGAAUUCGCAUCGAAAAGUGAUGGAGCUUCGAAGACAGAAGGAGUUGAGGGAAGGAGAGAUGUUCAUCCAUGAGAGGCAAGAUUUCAAGGUUUUCUGAUUUGAUACAUGGUAAUUGUGAGCCUGGCUCGUGCUAAAGACCAUGUUCUCUAUGGGGGAUCACCAAAUAUCGUCACAAUUAUUGGAAGGACUGAUUUUAUCAAAAAAAAAAAACUUUAUACAUUUAGUUGGGUGGACCCUCUAAUUUAAUGGAGUAGCAACACCCCUUUUGUGAGUUAGGGCUUUAGGAGGUUAUAGGGGGUGUAUUGUUACUUGCAAGUUGCAACAUUUCCUUGAUUUAAAUUUAUUUUUUCAAAAGGAAGUUAAGCUUUGGAGGUGAUCUUGAAAUGAGAGUCCUCCCCUCAUUAAUAGUAGUAGUAAGGACUUCAAUAAUGAUAACAAGUUGUAACAAUAAAUUACUAUUACUUGCA